UUUUUUUUUUUAAGUUAAAUGCGAUAUUGAUUAUUAUUUUUAUUGUAAAAUUAUUCACGCGGGAUUUUCGUUCUAAGUCAAGGUGAAUUGAUUUGCGACGCGAUCAACUGAUAUAAAAAUAUUAUUUUUACAAUUGAUUCACGAAUGAAAAUGUGGGGCACAUUGGUGUCAAUCUAGAUAUAGAAAUAGAGUAGGACAUGCAGGGACAUACCACAUAAAGACAAAAUUCUACAAUUUCGUAGGAAUAUAGAGAUGUAAAGCUAUUCGUGAAUGUAGGAAAGAGAGUGCAGGUAGUAUAAAGCUAUUUCAUCAGAUGAUUUCAAAGCACGCGAUGCUGAUAUCAAACCAAACGCCUUCUUCCCUUUUAGUUCUCUUUUCAACAUUCUACGUGACAAAUAAAAGUAUAAGAAAAAAAAAGAAAAAAAAAAAAAGAGUUGUAAUUAUCCAAACGGCGCCGAUUUUUCACGAAAGUGAGAAUAUGGAGAAGAACAAUAGUUUCACGGACGAGGAUUGGCAACAUCUUGCUGAAGAUUUUUCUUCAUUUGAAAAGGAAAUGGAGGAUAAGAAGAGUAUUAUUUUGCGAAAAAAAAAUUGGAGAAAAUCGAGUAUAUUUACAAUUUACGCGAGAGUUUUUCGCGUUGUAUUGUCGAAAUUCAUAAAACCACCAGAUUUCAUUGAUGAAGAAGAACAUCGUCGAGAAUUGGACGAAUUAAUUUUGCCGAGUAAUGAAGAAUGGCGUCAUCAAGUUUAUUAUCAACUUGUUGAUCUUCAACGUUUAAUGGAUAGAAAUUCAGAGGAUAAAGAAAUGGAUUCUCCUUCAAAGAAUGCAUUGGAAGAGAAAAAAGUUUAUAAAUGGGAGCCUGGCAAUGUACAUUUUCCUCGAAAACCGAAGAAAGGAAAAUGUGAAGAAAUCCUUUCUUUCUUGUCAACAAUUUCUUCAGCAAGUGGUUCAAUGACUGAAGCCUGUAUAGAACCAGGAUGGCGAAUUCGAGAUAUUAUUUUAGCUGCAAAAGUUCUUCAAAAAGAUGAUCCUUCGCCUAAUUAUGUUGAUGAAGCUGAAAUGAGACGUGUAUUUGGUCUGGUUUACGAUGUCUUGAGAUAUAAACAUAUAUUGAAUCAUGCAUUAGAAGACGUUGGAUUUUGGCAACACUAUAAAGACCUUCGAAAGCGGGAAAAAAUAGUUUGGCUUUUAUUGUACGAUAUGCAAGGGAGAAAAUUUGCUCGUCUUGGAAGUAAAUUGAUUAUUGCCGAACGUGAGAGAGCUUUUAAUUUAGCCGGAUUGAAAGACGUGGAGGAUUGUCUUCUCGAAACGAAAACACGAUUGGCGGCAAGUGUUUCAAGACUGAGAAUUGGUGGUUCAGCUUUAACUCUAGACGAUUUACUGCCGAGUCAUUUAAAGUCAGCAGAGGGAAUUUAUUGGAAUGAAGAGAGUCAAAUAGCUUCAGGUUGGGUGAAUUCAAUGAAAAUAGCGAGCAAAGAAGAAUUUAUCAUCGAAAUGGAGAAAUUGGGUUUUCACUAUUGUAUUAGUUGUAAGGAAACGAAUUUGGACGAAGAUAAUUUUGCCUUCGAUUCUCUUUGUCCAAAAGUCGUCAGUUUUCAUGAGAAGAGUCGAGAAAAAUUGGCUACAUCUCAACUAGUUCGCAAGCAUCGUUUUAUUUUUCUGGAAAGAUCUCUCUGUUUGGGAGCAGCGAGUUUAAUGAAGGCAGUUCACAGUGGAAAAUUAUGCGGACCUGUAAUUUUAACGCAAUGCAUUGCUCCAAGACACACGGCAUAUGUUGCCAGUCUUUUGGCUGAUGUAGAAGAUGCCGGACGACUUCUGGCCUUUGGCACUGGAGAUCAGCAUAGUGAAUAUGAGAAUUAUUUACACCACUUAGGAAUAACGCUCCAACAAUGUCGAAUCUUCUCAGAACAAUACGUGGCUCCGCCAGCUUCGUCCGAAUUGGAGAGAGCGACAAUUGUAUUAGCGACUCCUCAUUGUAGUUACACGGGAAUAAAUGACAUCGUUGACUUGUCAGUUGCUCGUGGUGGAGAUUCCGCUCUCUUGGAAUCGUUAACGAGUGAUGACGAUGAACUAAAGUAUCCUAGAACACUUCUUGCUGAUCAGUUAUCAACCUUAAAACACGCCCUAACGAAACCCAAUAUUCAGCUUCUUAUUUACGAAGUCCAUUCAAUUUUGCCCUCGGAAACGACAGAAAUGGUCAAUCAGGUCGUCGAUUAUGCCAAUGGAAUUGCCAAAGAAAAAUAUCUUAAAGAAACAACUAUUAAGAAGAAAAUGCCAAAAGAAUUUGGAGAAAAAUCGCCAAAAAUAAUUAGACCAGGAAAACGAAGACAAUCAUGCGAGCCAUCGGAAGCGGAAAUUUCACAAAAUCCAGAAGAAGAACAAGAAAAGGAAGAAGAAAUUUCCGUUACUACAUCUUAUCCUGAUAUAAAGGUUCCAGAUAGUGACAUUUUUGAAGUUUGUGGUAUUAAUGAUAUUUAUGAUGAAAAUUGUGACAAUCUUUUAGAGCAUGGCUGCUUUAUUGCGUUUAUAAGACGAAAAGAAAUGAUGCAAUUUGAUUCUCUCUUUAUGAUUAAGGUCGCAGAGUCAAAAGGAUUAUUUGGCGAUCCCAAUAAACAACCGCAAAAAAAAGAAGAAAUAGUUCCAAUUAUUCGACAGUCUUCCGCUGCCAGUCGAAAGAGCUUCAAACGUGCCAAGAUUCAAAUUGAUCGAAUCGCUGCACCGACACAUUCCUCAUUACUAAAAGCACAAAAGGAAAGUCACAUUUGUCCAAGGCAUAGUCAACACAUUUUAAAUGACGAGGAUUUUCUACUGACUCAGGUACGCGAUACUAGGCGUGGCGAUAUUCGUCGAUGGUGGGAAGAUUCGAGUAAAUAUUUAUUGCAUUCAUCACAAUGCAAUUCCGACUGCAAAUUUCGACGAAUUCGCACCGAUCCACAAACGAAAAAACUUCUCUUUCCAUCUCACGUUCAAAAUAUUAUAUAUUCAAUUGAAAAUGAGAGAGUUGAAAUUAAAAAAUAGUUCCAAAAAUAUGUUCUCCUUAUAUUUUUGGCAUACACGACAUUAAAAGAAUAUUAAUUAAAAUAAAACAAUUAAUUAAUAUUGAUCAAUAAUAAAUAUACCUAAUAUAAAUAAUUUAAUGAAAAAUAUUAUGGAAAAAUGAUAAUUUAUGUUUUGAAUGAAGACGUUUAAGCCAAAAAUAAGGAAAUAUAUUCAGAGUUGCCACAGGUCAGAGAAAUUAGGGAAUUCAGGGAAAAGUCAGGAAUUUGUAUUUUAAA